AUGGCUCAACCAGGUGUUCAGUCUUUGAAGUGCGUCGUGACCGGCGACGGUGCUGUCGGAAAGACUUGCUUGCUCAUCUCCUACACAACGAAUGCUUUCCCUGGUGAAUACAUUCCCACAGUCUUUGACAACUACUCUGCUAGUGUCAUGGUGGACGGCAAGCCAAUCAGCUUGGGACUGUGGGAUACUGCCGGUCAAGAGGAUUAUGACAGGCUGCGACCUCUCUCUUACCCCCAGACUGACGUCUUCCUCAUCUGCUUCUCCAUCGUCAGCCCGCCGUCAUUCGACAACGUCAAGGCCAAGUGGUACCCCGAGAUUGACCAUCACGCACCAAACAUUCCCAUUAUCCUCGUCGGCACUAAGCUCGAUCUUCGGGAGGACCCCGGCACCCUCGAGUCGCUGCGCCAGAAGCGCAUGGAGCCGGUCUCCUACGACCAGGCCCUGGUGUGUGCUAAGGAAAUCAGGGCGCACAAGUACCUCGAGUGCUCCGCGCUCACGCAGAGGAACCUCAAGAGCGUCUUUGACGAGGCUAUCCGGUAUUUCAAUGCGCCACGACUCUGGCAUUGCGACAACUUGCUAACUCGGAUCCCAGUGCCGUCUUGA